GCGAAAGCAGAGUCUUCUGUCAAUUGGUCUGAGCCAUGGCGACGGAAAACUGCACCGCGGCUUCUGAUCUGGCUCUCGGCGCACGGUUCCGCCCUGCUCGAAUCUGCGGAAAACGACGCCUCCGUUCAGAAGUAAAUCCUCCUACUCCAGCGAUAAGCAAACUGGGAGACGAUCUCCUCACAGAAAUUCUGGUUCGCGGUUUCCCGGAUCCUAGAUCCGCCUGCCGGAGCAGAGCCGUAUGCAAGCAAUGGAGAUCCCUGAUUUCCGAUCCCUGCUUCGGUCGCCGCUUCCUUUCUUACCACCAGAGCAUGAACAAACACCCUCCUCCCAAGCUUCUUCACUCGACUGACACGAAAUCGUUCUCACUGAGCUUUAUCCCCUGGCCCACCGAUUGCGCCUCCAAUAUACGGUCGGAGCUGGCACGGUUCGCAGUUUUUGAUUGCUUCAAGGACCUGCUUUUAUGUGGCUUUGGGGAACUAGGUUUAUGUGGCUUUGGGGAACUAGGUUACCGCCAUGCUAGUGCUGAACUUGGCAGAACGUACUUGCUGUGCAAUCCGUUUACGAAGCAAUGGAUGGCACUUCCUUUGGCCCCUGAUAGACCAGUGGGGCAUACGGGAUUGCGUGCAAGGCUAGUUUGUGAACCCUUAGAUUCAAACAGUCUAAUUUUUAAUCUAGGAGGUGGUACUGAGUAUCGAUUCCGGGUGGUGUGUGUAUACCAAGAUGCGAAUUCGAUGAAAGUGAAAGUAGAUGUGUUCUCUUCGGAGUCUGGAGAAUGGACCAGGGAGGCGUUUGUUCUUGAAGGUUACUGCAGACCCAAACUAAACAAUGUUGUUUCAUGCGACGGGGUUUUGUAUUUGUCGUAUGUUAGAGCACAAGGCAACCAUUUUGGGCUGUUUGAACCUUUGAUUGCUGCUAUUAAUCCUUUCCGCCUUGAUAUACCUCCCACUCCUAUUGAUGUUUCCCCAGUCUCUGCUAAUAAUCCGUGGUGGGAUAUUUCAAUUUCACAAGGUGCUGUGCACUUGAUUGUGUUUGAGGAGGGCACUAGACUUGCUUCUUCGAGGAUUGUUUUGAGUGUUUGGAGAUUAAACGAAGACUGUAAAUUCUGGAGGAAGGUAUGCGCAGGUCUGGUCAAGUCAUCCUCAGACGGGGAGGGCAGCUAGAGUUCUUCGCUAAACUAGCUCAACAUUGUAGUGGUUGGAGGGUGUUCCAGCCUAAGGUCUCUUGCUGGCCUACUCCAAUUCCAAAGUACCAGAAGUUGCGAGUUAGGUACGAUGGAAUCUUCGACUGUUGGGAUCAGUUUGAUGAACCUGAACCAAUAACUCCCUCAAUAACUGUUACUUAUACUUCCGAGAAUAUACCUUUUGAACAAAUAGAAGAAUGACCACCCUUUGACGGAGUUGAACAAUCUUGUCAUUCGAAGAAGCUGAAACGAGGGUGAAAGGCUCGCCUCGUCGUCAAGGAAAGGAAGGAUGCCGGAUUUGGAAGGAAAUUCCGAUCUACAAUAGAAGGGUGCAGGAGUUGAUCUACUGGGGCAGUAUUGGUAACUGUUGUUUAUGCACUCCGAGCAUAUUUGAAUUAGUUGGAUUGGUAGUUCUCGUGGAAGGCUCAUUUCAUGUUGCAUUUUCGAUUGUAGAAAGUGUGUGAUUGUGUUAAGCCUAUGAAUUUGUUUCUUGAAGGGUGAAGGUUUAGAAUAUAUGAGCCCGGUGAUUGUGUUAAGCCUAUGAACUUGUUUCUUGAAUAUAUGAUUUUAGGAGUUAAUUGUUAUAAAUGAAUCGUCGCUUUUAAUACUCGCAAUGAUGCUUAUCACGCUAUGUUCCUUAUUAGUUAAGGGGAAUUUUGGGUUAAAUGAAAAGGAUCGAAUGAGAUAAAUGAUAUACUAUGAGCGAAGGAUUUCACAACCCCUUAUUUUGGGGAAGGCUUUUCAAAUCCGUCGAAGUAGUAACUUAGAAAUUCAUGAAACAUGUUGUAUGAGUUUAAGGUACCUAUUUACUCCAGCAAACAAAGGUUUUUAGCUGGACACUCUUUUUCAGAAUUUUAUGCUUAAAUCUGUCAUCUGCCAUUGAUAUUCAACAGCGGAACCCCAGGAAAGAGAGGGGGGGAGGGGCACAAGAGCUUGAAACUCAGAAGAAAAGGGGCUCUUCACUGUGAUGAGUCGAUGAUGUUGUUCAUCACUUGCAAACUUUAUUCACUUCUGAAUGCUUGCAUGCUCAAGAGUCAAGAGUUUGUGCAGCAGUUAGCCUUACCUCAGCUUGUUGCAGUGUUAGGUGUAUUCUCUGCUAUAUAUACCAUCUUUGUAUGUGCUGUUCUUGUGAAGUAUUGUAUUUUUGAAUUCAUCGUCAUGUAUUGAUGCAAGCAUGUAUCUGAUGAUCAGGGGUGUGCUGAUUUUGAGUUUCUAAUUGGUGGCUCCGACUUUUAGCUGUGAAGUUAUUGCUUUGGUUAAGAGUUAUCCUUGUUGUUCUCUGGUUCUGCUUUAUACUUCACUGUUUUCUGUAGCUAGUAACCAUGCGUAGAACUUAGUUGGCUUGAUGGUAGCUAUAGUCUCUUCUUGGUGUUGCAGCUGCUACGAACAAAGUUGCGCCUAUGGUGAUAUCAUAACCGGAAAGCUUGAUGUUGUUUUGGAGUGUGUUUAUAUUCUCGCCGCUGUCGUUUGAGAAUUUGUGUUUAUAUGUUCUCAGUUAUCCUGUUUUCCUCAAUGCACUGUGCCAAAAGCUAGUUUAUUCAUGAAGAAAUAUUGUUUCGGCUGUUAUUUGUGAAUGGCGUUAAAGGUGUCUUAAGAGCAAGCCUUUUAUGAAUAAGCACUGCAUCCUGGGUUUGUUUAUCUUUUUCCUUGUUGCAUUUUUCAUGUGUUGAGGAUCAAUGUGAUCUGAUACUACCCUUUGACAAUGAGUUACAGGCGUGCCUUAACUUACAUUUAUAUUGUCAAAAACUGUGCAGGUUUACCCAAAUGGCUCUGAUUAUAUCCUGACUUUCAAGCUGGUGGUUGGGGGACAGAGUUGGUGCUUUACUGUAAAUCCAAACUUUUGUACUUCAGGGUUUUAAUUGGUAGAUCUAGUAGCUAGACAUGGAAAGCAAGUUCGGAAGAAAGAAGCACGGUUAUGCUUGGCUUCAAGAGAAAGAAACUACUGAGCAUUCAGAAUCAUACCGAGCAUAACCGCGCUUCUUUUUUCCGAACUUGCUUUCCAAGUUCGGAAAAAAGAAGCACGGUUAUGCAUUAGUGGCUUGGUAUGAUUCUGAAUGAAACUUUAGCUGAGCAGAUGGCAAUGAUGUGUUCUCUUCUGUGGUUCUUUUGGAAGGAAAGAAACAAUUUCUUGUUCAAUAAUAGAUUUUUGCAGGAAUGGGAAGUGUUUCCAAAGGCAGACAGGUUCAUUCGAGACUUUAUGGAAGUGAAAGGCAAGGAUCUGUUAACAAGGAAGGGAGAAGGAAUUGUAAAUGGAGAAAACCUCCAAUUGGAGUUUUUAAACUCAACGCAGAUGCAGGUGUGAGUGCAAGGGUAAGCGCAGCCUUGGUUUGUGUUGUCAGGAAUUGGUUGUCUUUGCUGCAACCUGUAUUGAUUCUGAAAGAUGGACUCCUGAUUUUGCAGAAGGGAAAGCUAUUCUCUAUGGCCUCACUAAAGUGACUGAGAAAGGAAUUGCUCACGAGUUUCAAGCAAACCUCAGAAAGGACACUCGGGCCCAGCCUUCCUCGAUUUGUUGACCAACCUACUCCCUGUAGGUAUAGCGCUCAUACUCAUUCUGCAUAGGAAUAUCUUCACUUUCUGUUGCAUUUUGGUCUUCCAUAGUUUAGACCAGAACUGUCUUAGAGCUUCAGUAAAGUUAGUGUCUCUGUUCUUAAUUGGGUGAUACACCUCUCUGUAUCUCUUAUACCCUGACUUGACAGUAUACUCCCCGGUUGCAUUAUAAAUCCAUACUCUUUUGUUCUGCAUGGUUGAGCUUAGGAUAGGGAUGCUUGAUAUUUGGUCACAAUCCUCCUCUGUAAACAGGGUACUUAAUAAACCCCUUUCCCGCGUGUUUGUCUCCCAGCUUAUGAGUGAAGACACUUUAUAUUCUGGUCCACUACUCACAGGACAUUGGUCUGGAUAAUAACCAGGUUUUCCUGGA